GGCAACGAUGAUGGCGGCAGGAGGCAAGGUGGAGUACGAGUCGGUGCUAUGCGUCAAGCCCAAUGUCAGCGUCUUCCGCAUCCCGCCACGGGCCUCCAACCGUGGCUACCGAGCUUCUGACUGGAAGCUGGAUCAGCCAGAUUGGACUGGACGACUCCGCAUCACCUCCAAGGGCAAAAUUGCAUAUAUCAAACUGGAGGACAAAGUUUCAGGGGAACUUUUUGCUCAGGCCCCGAUCGAUCAGUAUCCGGGCAUUGCUGUGGAGACGGUGACGGAUUCCAGCCGGUACUUUGUCAUCCGGAUUCAGGAUGGGAACAGGUGCAGUGCAUUCAUUGGCAUAGGCUUUGGAGACCGGGGUGAUGCCCUUGACUUCAACGUUUCUCUGCAGGAUCAUUUCAAGUGGGUGAAACAAGAGACCGAAAUCUCCAAGGAGUCCCAGGAAAUUAACAGCCGGCCCAAGUUGGACCUGGGCUUUAAGGAGGGACAGACCAUUAAACUGAAUAUUGGGAACAUGCCAAUCAAGAAAAGUGGGGGAAGCAAGCCACGUCCAGCUGGAUCGGGGGGCCCAAGCCUGCUCCCCCCACUGCCUGGAGGCAAAGCUGCCCUCCCUGCUGUCCCACCUCCUCCCCUGACGGCCAUGGCCAAUCAUGUCACCCCACCCCCCAUGCAGAAGUUCAGCCAUGGUGGGGGCAACACAGAUAUCUUGCUUGACUUGGACCUGCCUCCUCCCAUCCCAAAGGCACCAGGGCCCGCUGCAGCUCCAGCCACCACAGACCUCUGGGGAGACUUCAGUGCUGCAGCCAGCAGCAUCCCCAGCCAGUCUCCCCAGCCCUCCAGUUGGGUGCAGUUCUGAAGGACCAGGAU